CUGUCUUUGCAUAACUUGCACUGAUCUGCCUUGAUAUCUCCGAUUGCGAAACUCGCCCGUUGACUGCGUAAUCAUCCUUGCGAAGCUAAUGUGGGGCAACCUAAGAGCCUCCCCCACCACACUUCAUCUCUCUGUACAGCUCAAGCAACCACUCCACGCAUAGCUUCUUAAUUUCGUUAACCGUUCGACCAUUUGUUGAACCCUCAAGUUCAUCAUGGCAACACUGAAAGGCCCAGGCGCGCCCAAGUCAUACGAUGGAAGCGGACUCCGCGUCGGUAUUGUCCACGCUCGGUGGAAUACCAAGAUCAUCAACGCUCUCCUCAGCGGCGCGAAGAAGGCACUGGCCGAUUCCGGAGUCAAGGAGGAGAACAUAGUGAUACAGAGCGUACCAGGGAGCUAUGAGCUACCAUUUGCCGUGCAAAGAAUGUACGCAUCCUCACAGCUCCAGUCGACUGCACUCGGCGCCGGUUCCCUCGUCAGCGCUGCGACCGACCUCCUUGGCGGCUCCACCAGCGACCUGCCCUCCCUGACGAAAGAACCUGCCUCUAAGGGGUCCACGGCCCCAUUCGACGCCAUUAUCGCUAUUGGCGUGCUCAUCAAGGGCGAGACGAUGCAUUUCGAAUACAUUGCGGAUGCUACUAGCCAAGGGCUCAUGCGCGUACAACUGGAUGCCGGCGUGCCAGUUGUGUUCGGUCUAUUGACGGUGCUCACAGAAGAGCAGGGACUUGCGAGGGCGGGUAUUGCGGGGGCUGGGGGGAAUGACGGGCAUAAUCACGGCAGCGACUGGGGCUCCGCGGCGGUGGAGUUGGGAGUGAAGAGGAAGGGCUGGGCUGAUGGCAAGAUGCUAGACUGAUGGUUACGGGAUGGACUGAGUUGGUGAGGCGUCCGUAGGUGACACAUCUAGGGACUAAAAUUGGCGUUGGGAUGGGAUGGCGGUCUAUAUCCCCUGCAUGAGCAGUGCAUCUGCCUCUUGCUAUACGUAGGAGGUAGCAAUGCCUAUGUUUUGUCUGAUCAACAGCAAUCUGGUUUCCUGGCAUGCCUUGCAUGUGUUGGGGCGCGUGAAUGCAUUGGAUAGGUCAGAGCCGUUCUCAGCAUCACUUGAAGUGUACAGAGCGUCACUAGUUCUAUUGUUCGCCUCACAUGGACUACGCUUGCCCCUCUUGUUGUAUUUCGUUGACCUAAAUCCUACAUUCGCCAAUAUAUAGAAUGCCGAGGGUCCUGAUGGAUCGCUUCGUCGCAGGGAAUCCACAGAGGCAAUGUACAGGACCUUCAUGUCCUCCAACAAAUCGAUGUCUAUCUGCUGUCUUCAUACCACGAUUUCAUGGCCC